GCCGGAACGACAAAUUCCCUGAAGUUCCUUACGGACAAGAUAUAUUGUAACAAACAACAGUCUGAUUGUAAGGCGAAUCGCUUUAUUGUAACAUUAUACACAUUUAUUAUCCUUUGUCAUGUCGUUAUAACUGGAAGUCCGCGCGGACCUACUAUAUAUAUACUUAUACAGGGAAGGAAACAAUGAAUGAAGGAAGCGCUUCGUCUGAAUAUAAAAUGAUCACCCCGUCCAGAAACCAAUGUGUUUACACCAGCUGUUACUGUGAGGAGAAUGUGUGGAAAUUAUGCGAAAAUAUCAAGAAUCAGAGAUAUUGUCCUUUGGAAGAGGUGUAUGCAGUCUUUAUAUCUAAUGAAAGAAAGAAGAUACCUAUUUGGAAACAAAGGUCCGGUCGAGGGGAUGAACCAGUUAUUUGGGAUUACCAUGUUAUUCUUCUACACGCAAGUAAACAAGGACCGAGCUUUAUUUACGAUUUAGACACCAUUCUUCCCUUUCCUUGUUCACUUGAUGUAUAUUCAAAGGAGGCCUUUCAGUCUGACGAGCAUUUGAGACCUGCUUUCUGGAGGAAACUUCGAGUCAUACCGGGGAACACUUAUUUAAAGGAGUUUGCUUCUGAUCGGUCUCAUAUGAAGGACUCCGAUGGGAACUGGCGUAUGCCACCUCCAGCAUAUCCAUGUUUAGAGACAUCAGAAUCCAAAAUGAAUCUUGAUGACUUCAUCUGCAUGGAUCCCCGAGUGGGAUAUGGAGAGGUUUACAGCCUUUCAGACUUUGUUAAACACUUUGGAGUAAAGUAAUGUUUUUUGCCAACACAAAAAAAAAUGUACAUAAACAGAGCCCCAGGGAAAGAUCUCCUAUUAUGACGGACAAUGAUGUGACUAAGCAGGCCUCAAAAAACACAUUUAUAGCCUGUGAAAUUCUUUUUACUUAUUGAACAGUUGACAAUGUGACUUAUAGUCAGGUAGAAAAGUCACAGAAAGGACAGUCAUUGUUGUCAUUUGUUGAUGAUGUGUAUCUUUUUAUAAAGAAAUCAGUUACACAGAUGUACAGAUAAUAAAAAUGCAGAACUUAAACAAACAACCAAACCGAAAUGCGAAACUGUGUAAGCAGUUGUAGUGCUGUAGUUUAAGCAAUGGCUGCCAGGUAAUCCUUCACCUCAGUGGGUGACAGUCUGCGAAACCCUGCUUCAUUACAGAUGCCCACCUCAAUGUUGUCUUCUGUCAUCUGACCUUCAAAACUUUCCUGUUGAUAAAGAGAAAACACUAUAAUGUGGCCUCGUCGAGAUUGACUUGAACUGGGGUUUUUUGAUCUGCUCAGUUAUUUGAGAUGAUUGCAAUAAAAAUGACAUGCAAACAAGGGAAUGCAUUUUAGUUGAAAAGCAGAAAAAGUGCUUCUCUUUUAGUUUAGCUUUCAGCAGAAAUGCUCCUUCUAAACAGUUGAAAUAUGCACAGACUCCAUUAUUGCACACACAUGCUCAAUAUAUCUUUAUAAAACCUGGGAUAUCCUGCAAAAGCUGAAUCCUACAAUAAUAACUUAAUAUGUUUUGAAAUUUACAACAGAGGCUUUAGAUCACAGGUGUCAAAAUGCUGGGGGCCACAGCUCUACAGUUAGGUCCAACCCUAAUUAAACACACCCGAUCUAACUAAUUGAAACCUUCAGUCUUGUUUGAGUUAAUAGUUUAAGGAUUAUCUCACCUUCAAAGUUAAGAUGGCAGUGUGUAUAGCAUCUUCAAGUUCCAGAUCUUCAUUAUAUCUGUAAGAAAACAAAGCCGUGCUGUACAACUUUUGCAAAAUAACUUAUGUCAUAAAAUCAAUAACGAUUUGCCAAAUAUCAAUUAUUCAAGCUGCUAAAGUGUACAACGUGAUACCUUUUUUCUAGGAACGUUUUUCCAUUCACAUAGUUCUUUCCCAUUGCUGUUGCUUUCCAGGCGAAGUAUGCUCCCUGUGGGAUAUCAGAGAAAUGCAUGACAUUAUAAUGUGAUGUGAUCAAAUAAAUGAGCAGUAAAUAAAACGUUUUUUAUUUAUUGUA